GGCCGAGAGUACUGGAGGCUACUACCACUCCAUAAUACCAUAUAUAACCAUCCCCCUGCAGGAUAAUCACUAGGUAGGAGACACUGGGAACCUGAGGCGCGAUCGCCGUGUCAGCACACGCUAGGCUAGCCAUACGCGUAUCGACAAACUCGUAUCCCGAGGCAUUGGUGCUCAACACCAAGAUGACGUGGAUUGUGGAACAGAAGCGCACAUGGCCAGAGUGGGCUGCAAUUCGAAUGUUACGUGUGGGACCUGUGCCUAACCACUUGGCUGUUAUAAUGGAUGGUAACCGCAGAUUUGCUAGAAAGGAGCACAAGGACACCCUUGCUGGUCACACACAAGGAUUUCACAAAUUGGCCGAGGUUUUGUGUUGGUGUCGAGAUUUGGGAAUCAACGAGGUUACAGCAUAUGCCUUCAGUAUUGAAAAUUUUAAACGGUCCAAGCAGGAGGUUGAUGGACUGAUGGAACUUGCAGCAGAAAAGUUUGCAAAAUUAUUAGAAGAAAAGGAAAAGUUAGCCAAGCAUGGAGUUUGCAUAAGGGUGAUUGGUGAUCUUAAUCUUCUUCCCCAACGCAUCAGAAAACUUGCAGGAGAAGCAAUUCUGGCUUCUAGACACAACAAUAAGUGUUUUCUAAACCUAGCUUUAGCUUACACAUCACGGGAAGAAAUAAGCUUUGCGAUGAGUGAGCUGUCACAAGCAGUACAUGAAGAACAACUAAUGACAAGUGACAUUUCCGAAGAAUUGUUAGAAAAAUGCCUACAUACCCGAGGCUCGAGAGAUCCCGACCUUUUGGUGCGCACAUCUGGAGAGGUUCGCCUCUCUGACUUUUUGUUAUGGCAGAGUGCAUUUUCUUGCCUGUUUUUCACGAAGGUUCUUUGGCCAGAAUUCACCAUAUGGCAUCUGUUUGGUGCAGUAUUUUACUAUCAGAGACAUUAUCACACUCUUACUGCAGCACGGCAAGAAUGUCUGGCACUAAGGCAGUGUAGUGUGGAAGAAAGUGAUAUAGAAUGUUGCUACACUAAAUUUGGAGACAAAGUUUCACAAGAGCAUAUUGCUGCCUAUGCAUCGGCAAGGAAAGAACGAAUUGAGAAUUUUUUGGCCACGUUACACAAUAAAAAACUUAAUUAUUUACACCAGAUUAGUGAGGAGGGAGAUUAAGAUUAUAUAUAUAUGUAUAUAUAUACUCUCACUGUAUUGGGCAUAUACAGAAACAUUAUUGCUUGUUAGAUAUUUCUUAACUUUACAUUCCUGUUAUGUACAGUAUUAUACUUUAUAAAUUAUUCUCAUAUUGAUUAGAAAAUACAGUAAAUUUAAAUAUUGUAGAUCUAUUCAGUAAGUUCUAAAUAAUUAACUGUUGAAUACAAAUAUUGUUGCCUUAGAUUAUCAGAAAUAUUGAAUACUGAAAUUUUAUGGCAUUGAGUGCAAUGUUGCAUUUGGUCAUUGCAUCCUAUCAUUCCUAAAUUUUAUUGGGGUGAUCAGAAUUAUAUAUAAAGUAUGUCUUUAGUGGAAUUCAUUGUGUAAAUGCUGUAUAUAUUAAAAUAAUUUUGUUUACACCAAAGAUAAGCAUUUGUAA